ACUGCGUGACCAGAACCAGCUGUUUCAGUUCGGUGCAGUUCGGGAAGCGAUGCGGAUCAUUACGAAAGCCAAGCGGUACCACAAGGCCGCCCGGGAAGGAACCGUGCGGAUCCUGAAGGAAGCUAACCGCUGGGAGGUGAACGCUCAAGAUGAGUCCGGGUUGACCCCGUUGCUGUGUGCUGCCGGCGAGGGUCACGUGGAAGCCGUUCGGGUACUGUUGAAGCGGAAGGCCAAGAUGUGUGCGGUGGAUGGCUUUGGGAACUCGGCACUGCAUCUGGCCGCCGCUAGGGGUCACUUGGAGUGCGUUAAGGUGCUGGUGGCGAAGGGUGCUAAUCUGUACGGGUUGGACGGGGGACAGAGGACGGCCUGUGAGUUGGCGCGGAUCGGAGAGUGGGAUGAGGUGGUGGAGUUUUUGGAGCGGAUGGUGAAGGUUUUGGAGGGCAGGAAUCCGAAGCGUGUGCUGAAGCUGAAGAAGCUGGCUGGUGAACGGUACGAAAAGAUGAAGGAUGUGGUUCAGGAGGGGAAUAUCGGCUUUAGAAGGCAGGAAUCGAACGAGUAUGGGGAACGGGAAGGUGUUGAGAGGACGGAAGAUCUGAACAGUGGCGAGGAAGGAUCCAGUGAUGAAAAGUGUCCGGACGUGACGGAUGUUCAACGGGAAAACUCCCAUCUAUUAGGAUUACUGGUUCACAAGAGCAACGGUCUGUCGGCGAGCACCAGCAAGAGCACGGCCCGCUCCUACUUGGUAUUUUCGGAACUAAUCAAGGAGCAAUCAAUCAACCAAACCAUUGUCAACAGCCUUGAAACGCGACCGCAACCCGUCCACGCCCCACAACCAACUCCACUUCCAGAAGAGGACCCCGUCGAAUCGGCUCUGCGGGCGUUCCUUGAGCUGUACGACCUGCAGCGGAUCCACCGGCAGCUACAGGAUAAAGGACUGCUGAAUUUAAGCCAGCUGAUGACGAUGACUGAGCAUGACAUCAAGGCAGCGUUGGCACUGCCACUUGGACCCCAUCGGAAGCUAUGCGUCGCCCUCGAAGAGUACAAGUCCACCCAAAAGUGGGACGGACCGUAAAAGAAAGCUUCCUUCAAACAUCAUAAAAUCAUUUAUCUCUCGCUUUUUUGGCCCCCGUGCCGGAGUUCUGGAUGUCACACCCCCGUUCUGCUCAUCCGGGUUUGGCGGAGGACGAGUCGCUUUUGGGUUUGAUUUUGGAGGAAAAUUGAAAAAGCCCACGCAUAAAUUGUGGGCCGGAGCAGAGAAUGGACGAGAAAGUUUCCUGCUUUGGGGUGCCAUCGCGAGUGGCAACAGAAAGGCUUCAUCAUCCGGAGUCCGGUGGAUUUUCCGGGUUAACAAAGCGCUACGUGUGACGACGCGGGGUUAGUGGCUCCCCGCAUGGCCUGGAAUUUGAUGGGGUCGUUGGGCCAGAUUUUAAAUUUGGUUGUACGACCGUAUUUAUACUAUGUUGUAUUUAGAAAAUCUGUUAAACCUUGUUAUUUAAUUCAAUGUUUAUUUACCAGGUAUAUUUAUUGGAGUCCAUAAUAAAGAAUCAUACUAGCUAGUAAA